AUGCCACGUAAGCUACGUAAGAAUAUACGUAAGAGGAAGGGAGCAUUGAAACAUCCAAUAGUAAAACUGACACCACAACAACAGUUGCAACAACAAAUGAUGAAUGACCCCACUAUGUUGCAACAAAUGUCAAGCAACCCUAUGCUUUUAAACCGAGUUAUUGGUGCACAGAGUGGGGGUUUAAGAGCGGCACUUUUAGCGAAAAUGGCAGGCUAUGGUGGAGCUGCAGACGGAACAGCUUAUAACCCUCAAAGUCAAAUGAAUUUGAGUUCACUCAAAAAUCAAAUAACAGAUGUCAAAAAGUCAAACAUAGACAUACAGAAACAAAUAAGUGAAAACGAAAAGAAACUAGAAUAUGACAGACAGACAAAGAAACUAAAUGAGUUAAACGUAGAGAAAAAGAAGAAAGAAGAACAACUGAAAGAACUAAGUACAGAGGAAUAUGCGAAAAAGUGUCAGAAAAAGCAGCAGAAGUAG